CGAUACGGGCCCUUCCUUCCGGUUGUUGGUUCCAGCUGGCCCCUCCCGGAGUGGGCCCUGCGCCCUCGCGUCCCGCGGCGCUCUGCCGCCGGGCCACCUGUCACCAUGAAAAAGUUCUUCCAGGAGAUCAAGGCCGACAUCAAGUUCAAGGGCGCAGGGCCCGGUCAGAAGCUCACAGACUCAGUGGGGGAGAAGGCCCCCAAAGACAAGCCCAACCAGCCGGCCCCCAGGCAGCCUCGCCAGGGUCCCACUAAUGAGGCGCAGAUGGCAGCUGCCGCGGCCCUGGCCCGGCUUGAGCAGAAGCAGCCCCGGGGCCGGGCCCCCGCAUCGCAGGACUCCAUCCGGAGCCAGGUGAGAAAGGAACUUCAAGCAGAAGCGACCGUCAGUGGGAGCCUGGAGUCUCCGGAGACCCAUGUGGUCUCUGAGCCCAGAGAGGAAGGCUCGGCCCACCCGGCAGUGGCUGGUGUGUACUUUACCUGCCCGCUCACGGGGGCCAUCCUGAGGAAGGACCAGCGGGACGCCCAUAUCAAAGAGGCCAUUCUCUCGCAUUUCUCCACGGACCCGGUGGCCGCCUCCAUCAUGAAGAUCCACACGUUCAACAAAGACCGGGACCGGGUGAAGCUGGGUGUGGACACCAUCGCCAAGUACCUGGACAAUAUCCACUUGCACCCUGAGGAGGAGAAGUACCGGAAGAUCAAGCUGCAAAACAAGGUGUUCCAGGAGCGCAUUCACUGCCUGGAAGGGGCCCACGAGUUCUUUGAGGCCAUCGGGUUCCAGAAGGUGAUGCUUCCAGUUCCCGACCAGGAGGACCCUGAGGAGUUCUACGUGCUGGGCGAGGCGGCCCAGGCGCAGCCGCAGAACCUGGAGCGGCACAAGGAGCAGCUACUGGGUGCAGAGCCCGUGCGGGCCAGGCUGGACCGCCAGCGCCGCGUCUUCCGGCCCUCGGCCCUGGCCGCGCAGUUCGACCUGCCUGGGGACUUCUUCACGCUGACAGCUGAAGAGAUCCGGCGGGAGCAGAGGCUGAGGGCCGAUGCGGUGGAGCGGCUGAGCGUGCUGCGGACCAAGGCCAUGCGGGAGAAGGAGGAGCAGCGCGAGCUGCGCAAGUACACAUACACGCUGCUGCGUGUGCGCCUGCCCGACGGCUGCCUGCUGCAGGGGACCUUCUACGCCCGGGAGCGGCUGUCCGCACUCUAUGCCUUUGUGAGGGAGGCCCUACAGAACGACUGGCUGCCCUUUGAGCUUCUGGCCUUGGGGGGACAGAGGCUAUCGGAGGACGAGAACCUGGCCUUCAACGAGUGUGGGCUGGUGCCCUCAGCUCUCCUGACCUUCUUGUGGGACCCAGCUGUGCUUGAGGACGUGAAGGCCGCGGGUGCCGGGCCAGACUUGAGUGUGCUGAGACCUGAGCUCCUGGCAGUCAUUGAGCAGCUCUCAUGAAAUAAAGCAGGGUCAGCUCAGCCCCCGUCUGUCUCGUGCUCGUCCAUGAUCCCCAACCCUUCCCACCCCAGCCCGGUGCCUUCCCACCUCCUGGAGGGGGGCAUGACAAUGGAGGCUGUUAGCUGCCGUGUGGAAGAACGGAGGGGCUUAGGCUCUGUUGCUGACAUGUGCCUGUGCCCACAGCCCCAUGGGGAUCUGGGGACGCUGCCCCCCUCGGAGGCAUGUGACCUCAGCGUCCCCGUGGCUGUUAACGUGCUAAUGGCGGACCAGGCCGGCAACAGCUGACAGCUGUGGGCCCUUCUGGGGCGGGAGACCCAGCCUGGAGCCCCUCCAUGCCGUGUUGGUGGCGGAGGCUGCUCUGAGGGUGCAGCUGACGGCGGCAGGGGAGGGAGACACAGCUGCCAGUGCACAGAUCUGUAAUUAUUUCUUAACUAUGAUGUGGAAUAAACAGGAUAUUUGAACAGUU